CCCAACAUCCACUAAAACUUUAUUCCGAAUAAGCUUGUGUCAGUCUUGUUAUUUGGAAGUUGGCAGGAAGCUGUUGCAAUUAAAGGAUAUGUGGUGUUUAGAUAAACAGGGGGGGAAAGUAUUUGUUUCAUUCUGUUCAUAGAGAUAAGGAAACAUAAAUACAUCUUCCUAGCUGACAUGAACAAUUAAGUUGAAAACCCACUUCCCAUUUCAAAUUUAUGUCAAGUACAGGCAUAGACAUAUCUGAACAAAGCUAUCACACUUUUGUUAGACUUUUUCACAAGGAAAAAGUCCCUAGAGUUGGCAAGAAGCUAAUGCAAACACCAAAAUAACCUUAAGACUUAGUCAACGCACAAAAGGGGAAGUGGUGAAUGUCUUCUUUCCGAUCUACAGUUCUGUAUACUGAAAAGCAUCAACUCAGAUGUGUUCUUGUAGUGAACAAUUAGUCUUUAAUGUGAUUUCUUUCCCUUUAACAUUCUUUUUUUGUUUAAAUCAGAGUCCCCAUGGAUUAUUUGCGCAAAUACCUCUGGUUAUGGGUGAUAAUCGCGGUUAUUUUUGCAUGUGGGAUUAUCAGCAUCAUUUUCUUCUUCAUCAACAAAUGCAUCUCAAGGCGAGGAAAACACAGAAUCUCACAGCUUCAAAGAAGAUCUCCUGACUUCACUGUCGAGAGCAAUAAAUACCAGGAGACUGGCCUUAAAAUCAACACUCCACCUUUACCUCCUCGGACACAGUUUCUCACAGCAGAGUCACAAAGCUAUGAGAACUUGGCUGAGGUACCCGAGUGCCAGAAUAUACCUGACUAUGAGGAAGACAAUCAUGACUACGAGGAGGCCGUGCCCGACUACGAGCAGGACAAGCACGAUUACGAGCAAGCCAUGCCCAACUACGAGCAGGCCAUGGCUGAGCAGUCUGACUAUGUAAAGGUGGAGGAUGAGGAGGUGAUUCUUCCUCCUCCGUACAUGGACCAAGAUCAAGCAGAAGACAACACCUCCACGGAGGACUACGAUGAUAUUGCAGAUGCAAACCACAGCGAAGAGGAUUAUGACGAUGUGGGUUAAGGCAACAAGAGAACACAACAGAUACUAUUCUUAAAAAGAAACUUUUGAAUUUUCUCAUCUGGAUUCUGCUGAGCGGAGGGAUCUCAACAAAGUUUCUUUGACCAGCUGUUUUUUUUCAUAUUAUUCAUGACAACAAAAAGUAUUUUAUGUGUUUUAUGUUUCAAAGCACAAAGAACAACACUGAAGUGGUAUACAGACCACAGGGACAUAAAAGGAUUUUAUUUAGUUAAUUAUUUCUUUAACUGACAUUGUUAACAGGCUACAAACUCCAUUUUAAGAUAUUUAAGUGUUCGUACCAACUGACGAGCAGUUAUUUGACAUUUCUUGCAUAGUUUCAAUACUUACUUAAUUAUUGACUACAUGCAUUGCGUAUGUUUCUGGUUUAAAAACUAAUAAUUUAAUCUGGUAUAAAAAGAAUAUUGCAAUUUUUAGUGAAAUGCCAUUAUAGAUUGAUAUUAUGAAAAAUAUUCUUAUUUGUUUUUGUGCCGUGAGUUAUUU